UGGGAGGGAGGCCGGGCAGGCGGCGGAGCGGCGCGGCGCGGCUCUCAACCUGACGGGGAAGUGGUCCGGGCGUCUGCGGCUGACUGCCCCGUGGUGGACGAACGGACGACGGAGGCGGGAGGUGGGAGCCGAGCAGGGCGCCCGAGAAAGCUAGCGGGUCAGGCUCAGCGUCGGCGACCCUAGUCGGUCCGCUGAAUGAAGUGCCCGCCCCGCUGAGCCUGGAGCCCGGCGCUUUCCCCGCAAGAUGGACGGUUUCGCCGGCAGCCUCGAUGAUAGUAUUUCUGCUGCAAGUACUUCUGAUGUUCAAGAUCGCCUCUCAGCCCUUGAGUUACGAGUUCAACAACAAGAAGAUGAAAUCACUGUGCUAAAGGCAGCUUUGGCUGAUGUUUUGAGGCGUCUUACAAUCUCUGAAGAUCAUGUAGCCUCAGUGAAAAAAUCAGUCCCAAGUAAAGGCCAGCCAGGCAUCCGAGAAGCUAUUUCCAUGUCCUGUAUAACCAAUGGGAGUGGUGCAAACAGAAAACCAAGUCACACCAGCUCUGUUUCAAUUGCAAGAAAAGAAACUCUUUCAUCUGCUGCUAAAAGUGGUACAGAAAAAAAGAAAGAAAAACCACAAGGACAGAGAGAAAAAAAAGAGGAAUCUCACUCUAAUGAUCAAAGUCCACAAAUUCGAGCAUCACCUUCUCCCCAGCCCUCUUCACAGCCUCUCCAAAUACACAGACAAACUCAAGAAAGCAAGAAUUCUACUCCCACCAAAAGCAUAAAACGACCACCAACAGCUGAAAAGUCACAUAAUUCAUGGGAAAAUUCAGACGAUAGCCGUAAUAAAUUGCUGAGGGCAGUUUCAACAUCAAAAUUAAUAUCAAAAGUUAUAAAAAAUGCAGACAAGCAUAAAGAUGUCAUCAUCAACCAAGCAAAAAUGUCAACCCGUGAAAAAAACAGCCAAGAAGGAGAAUAUAUUAAAAUGUUUAUGCGAGGUCGACCAAUUACAAUGUUCAUUCCUUCUGAUGUUGACAACUAUGAUGACAUCAGAACAGAGCUGCCUCCUGAGAAGCUCAAACUGGAGUGGGUAUAUGGUUAUCGAGGAAAGGACUGUCGAGCUAAUGUUUACCUUCUUCCUACCGGGGAAAUCGUUUAUUUCAUAGCAUCAGUAGUAGUACUAUUUAAUUAUGAGGAGAGAACUCAACGACACUACCUGGGUCAUACAGACUGUGUGAAAUGCCUUGCUAUACAUCCUGACAAAAUUAGGAUUGCAACUGGACAGAUAGCUGGAGUGGAUAAGGAUGGAAGGCCCCUGCAACCCCAUGUCAGAGUGUGGGAUUCAGUUAGUCUAUCUACACUGCAAAUUAUUGGACUUGGAACUUUUGAGCGUGGAGUAGGAUGCCUGGAUUUUUCAAAAGCAGUAAUCAUUCCAAUACAGGAUAAAAGAAAGAUAAAGAGGAAAGAUUCAGGUGUUCAUUUAUGUGUUAUUGAUGACUCCAAUGAGCAUAUGCUUACUGUAUGGGAUUGGCAGAAGAAAUCAAAAGGAGCAGAAAUAAAGACAACAAAUGAAGUUGUUUUGGCUGUGGAAUUCCAUCCAACAGAUGCAAAUACUAUAAUAACCUGUGGUAAAUCUCACAUUUUUUUCUGGACCUGGAGUGGCAAUUCACUAACAAGAAAACAGGGAGUUUUUGGGAAAUAUGAAAAACCAAAAUUUGUGCAGUGUUUGACAUUCUUGGGGAAUGGAGAUGUUCUUACUGGAGACUCAGGUGGAGUCAUACUUAUAUGGAGCAAAACUACUGUAGAACCCACACCUGGGAAAGGGCCUAAAGGUGUUUAUCAGAUCAGCAAACAAAUCAAAGCUCAUGAUGGCAGUGUGUUCACACUUUGUCAGAUGAGAAAUGGUAUGUUAUUAACUGGAGGCGGGAAAGACAGAAAAAUAAUUCUGUGGGAUCAUGAUCUGAAUCCUGAAAGAGAAAUAGAGGUUCCUGAUCAGUAUGGAACAAUCAGAGCUGUAGCAGAAGGAAAGGCAGAUCAAUUUUUGGUAGGCACAUCACGAAACUUUAUUUUACGGGGAACGUUUAAUGAUGGCUUCCAAAUAGAAGUACAGGGUCAUACUGAUGAGCUUUGGGGUCUUGCCACACAUCCCUUCAAAGAUUUGCUCUUGACAUGUGCUCAGGACAGACAGGUGUGCAUGUGGAACUCAGUGGAACACAGGCUGGAAUGGACCAGGCUCGUAGAUGAACCAGGACACUGUGCAGAUUUUCAUCCAAGUGGCACAGUGGUGGCCAUAGGAACGCACUCAGGCAGGUGGUUUGUUCUGGAUGCAGAAACCAGAGAUCUAGUUUCUAUCCACACAGACGGGAAUGAACAGCUCUCUGUGAUGCGCUACUCAUUAGAUGGCACCUUCCUGGCUGUGGGGUCUCAUGACAACUUUAUUUACCUCUAUGUAGUCUCAGAAAAUGGAAGAAAGUAUAGCAGACAUGGAAAGUGCACUGGACAUUCCAGCUAUAUCACACACCUUGACUGGUCUCCAGACAACAAGUACAUAAUGUCUAACUCGGGAGACUAUGAGAUUCUGUACUGGGACAUUCCAAAUGGCUGCAAACUAAUCAGGAAUCGAUCAGAUUGUAAGGACAUCGAUUGGACAACAUACACCUGUGUGCUAGGCUUUCAAGUCUUUGGUGUCUGGCCAGAAGGAUCUGAUGGGACAGAUAUCAAUGCACUGGUGCGAUCCCACAAUAGAAAGGUGAUAGCUGUUGCUGAUGACUUUUGCAAAGUCCACCUGUUUCAGUAUCCCUGCUCCAAAGCAAAGGCUCCCAGUCACAAGUACAGUGCCCACAGCAGCCAUGUCACCAAUGUCAGUUUUACUCAUAAUGACAGUCACCUGAUUUCAACUGGUGGAAAAGACACGAGCAUCAUUCAGUGGAAACUUGUGGAAAAGUUAUCUUUGCCUCAAAAUGAGGUUGUAGCAGAUACUGCGCUCACCAAAGCCCCCAUCUCUUCCAUUGAAAGUGUCAUGCAGUCUGAUGCUCCCACACCACCUCCCUCCCAGCCGUUAAAUGAGACAGCUGAAGAAGAAAGCAGGAUAAGCAGUUCUCCCACACUUCUGGAGAACAGCCUGGAACAGACUGUGGGGCCCAGCGAAGACCACAGUGAGGAGCAGAGUGAGGGGGGCAGCGAAGACCUUGGUGAGCCUGUUUAUGAAGAGCCAGCCCAUGAGAUUAGUGAUGAGCAGAGCGAAGGCGCUCUUCCCGGGGACCAGCAAGACCCUUCACCCCUGUCCUAACACCAGGACUUCCACGUGACUCACUUUUUUCCUCCAACUGCAUGAUGUGGUCUUGUGAUAAAGUUUCAGAUAACAGGCCAGGAAGUGAUGGAGAAUCACUAUUGACGGAGAUUUUGGUUUCCACGUAAUCUGUUUUCAAUAGUCUUAUCUUCCGUCUCUUAAAUGCAGUCGACCUAAAGUUUCGGUUUGAUGUGUGUUGAAAAUUAACCAAACUUAAUAGUAGGAAAAGACUGAAACAUUAAUUGUGUCUCGGAAAUUACUGUGUACGUGAGUGGUAUGAUGUUAAUACUGGAAACAAAAAUAGCGGUUGUAUAGAUUUUAAAUAAACCCCUCAUUAUCUGAGCAGGUUUUCUUCAGGAACAAGCAGAGGCAUCACAAACACUGUUACUCAUCUGCUGGCUCAGACUGUGCUACUUUUUUUUCCUGAUGCUGAAAAUCAGAAAAACAAAACAAAAACCAAAAAAAACCUUCUCUUACUGAGAUUCCCUCCCACCCCAAAUGUCUAGUGGAAAUUUUUUAGUUAAAAACUUCAUUAGUGCCAUGAGCAGUGGUGUUGCCUUCUUAAAUAAUAACACCCUUUUCUUACGUAGCCAGCAGAUGGCCAGAUGUGCUUGUUAGUCUACCAUGUAGGUGCUGCCUUUUCUAAGUCCCUUAAUUUCCUGUGUGCAAAUCUAUUUUAUCUUAGAACUAAGAAAGCAGUGGUUUGUUAAAGAGCUUUUAAUGUAUAUUAAACCAUCGAUACUCCGAAAUAAUGGAUUCCUCCAAGGAUUCCUUUGCUGGCCUAAACAUUUUCAAAUGUUUGGCAUUCAAGUGAAUGAACAGAAGAAACCGCACGCCUAUAAAAUUACACUUGGCUAAUCUUAGCUUAGCCUUCAUAAUUUGCUCCUUCAAUAACAGAAAUAUUAAUAAAGUUUAAAUGAUUGAAUUGGUGCUUGAAAUUCACUGGUUUAGGUGUAAUUUUUAUACAGAUUAUUGAGGGAUAAAAUACUCAACAAAUGGCAAAUUCUUUUUUAUAUAAGUGUGAAUAAUAGUCACAGGCAUUUUUUAUAAAUUGCAUACUAACAGACCUGCUAUACACAGUGAUCUUUCUCUGGUGGAGUUGCUGUAAGCCUUGCAGUUCUGAUGUGGCUAUCCUCUGCUGUUUGGGGGCAGUGCAUGUGUUGUUAUGCAUUGGAUAGUUGUUUUUUUAAGUUUUGUCAGAUGAUUGUUUUUCUUAAGUAUGUGUUUCCUAUUUUCAAAAUAAUUACUGACAAAUAUGCAUUUCCUAUAUAUUUGUUUAUACUUUGAUUAUAAAAAAAGACUGUUUUAUUUUUUAACUUGCAAUGUUUUGAUAUCUUUUUUUUUUGGUUAGAUCAUGUUUAGAAACUUUGGAUGCGUUCAAAAGUCUUAAGUAUGCAAGUGUUUACGUGACUGUGCCAUUCCAAAGUGCAUCAGAACUGUCAUUCCCUUCUACUGUCUUCUCAGGAGUAAUACAAAUCAGGUAUUUCAUCAUCAUUUGGUAAUACACAAACUUCAGUGAACUCCCAAGGACACUCACGACAUUUGUAUUCACAUGCUGUAUGUAAGGGUGUGGGUAUGUGUGAAGGGGUGAGUGUAGACACUCACUCUGUGUAUCUCUAUAUAAGAAGAUAUGCACCACACUGAAAAUACUCAGUGUGUUAUCUCUGUGUAUAGAUAUAUGUCCAUGUAUUUCUCUUUCCUUUUGUUUACAACUGUUCAAAAAAAAAAAAACCUCAAAGUAGUUCUCUUCAGAAGAAGGGAGGCAGACUCCAAGCAACCCAUCAUUUUUCAGUAUGUUUGUACAUAAUUAUCAGAGAGCAGCAGUAGUAUCAGGCAUAUAUAUUUGCCUAUUAGCUGUGGUGACUGAAUCAUCAGGUCAGCAUGUGCUAUAUACCCUGCAAGAAAAAUACUAUGAGAUGAACAAGUAAUUCUAGGAGAAGAAAAAGCAUUUCGUUAAGUACCCGGGGGAUACCACUCUCCAUGAUAAGCAGGGAGUUUAUUUGGGGACAUCAGUCACCUUUGGGGUUGCUGUGUACCAUGAAAUUUAUAUUCGUGAUAUCUUGGGUGGUAGUUUCCAAAGACACUACUAAUACGCAGAAAGCGUUCCAGCUCUACUGCUGGCGACUACUGUUUAACAGUCAACUAAAUCUGUGAUAAUGGUUGGAAGUGGGUGGGAUUAUGAAAUUGUAGAUGUUUUUAGAAAAACUUGUGAAUGAAAAUGAAUCCAAGUGUUUCAUGUGAAGAUGUUGAGCCAUUUCUAUCAUGCAUUCCUGUCUUAUGGCAGAAGAUUUUGAAGAUUAAAAAAUAAAAUGUUUCAUUUGUCUCUCCAAA